AUGCGCAUCCCCUUAUUCCGUAUCUGGUACUCGACUACCUAUACGACCCUCCUUGUUCUCACCCUCUUGCUACUCUGCGUGAGCCCUGGCGAUACCAUCUACCAGUCCAUCCGCACGAGCGAGAUCCAGAAGCUUUUUGUGAUUGGUGGGGUUUACCUGCUCACGGGAAUCAUUGUCUUGCUCAUUUACUCGACGCGCAUAUACACGAAUAGGACGGUGUUGGCGGCGAUUCCAAAGGGAUAUCUACCAGUUGAGGAGGGAGAGGUGGGAACGGGUGUCCGCCGAAUGAUUGUCAGGCAUCUGAGGAGGAGUGCGGUUGUGGCGUGGGAUAGCAGACCGAGGGAUGUGCGGGGAGAGUUUGGACAGAUCGAGGAGGAAGAAAGUGAUGCCGAGGGGGUGCAGAGGCUGUACAGCGAGGAGAGUAACAAGGAAAAGGCCAAGGAGAAGAAGGCGAAAUCAAAAGGCCAUCAUCGCGCACCGGAAGCGACCGUCCUCCAUAUCGAUCCCAAAUCCCCGCCGUGGGGCCACAUCUCGCAUCCAGGCUGGGCUUCUCCUGCGUCGCCCGAUCUGCCAAAUCUCCAAUACUGGAGCGUAAUAUGUGAACUCCCCAACCUCAUUGAAGCCAAAGCCGUCUCUCUGGCACCCCCCGAUCCCGCCCUCGAAUACUAUGACAUGCAGCAAUACCCAGCCAACGCGCCACCCCUCCCCGACGCACAAAUCGUCACCCUCCUCCAACGCCCCCGCGCAAUGGGUCUUCGCGAAUACCUCGCCCGUCUCUCUUCCUUUGGCCUGCUCAACCCCCCAUCCCUCGGCCCCGCUUUCCUCGCCCAAUACGAAUCCGCGCGCUUCUCCUGCAACAGCCUCACCGAACCGGAGUUUCGCUCGCUCAUGGCCAUUUUCGCAGACAUACUCAACGGCAUGACGCAACUCGACCCGGACGUCGUCGAGGAGGCGCGCGCACAGAGUCUCGCAUCGGAUACCCGCAGUCUAGCACCCACGGAAUCAUCGCUGGAUAGCAGUAGGAGCAGCAGCAACAGUCGUUCAUCAAACUCACACAUGCCAUACCGAACCCCACAACUCCACCGUCAAAACUCGACACCAUCUUACCCCGACACCGACGACAACGAUAAUGACAAUAACAGCACCACUCCCCCCGCAAGCCUCACCAGCAACCCAAGCCUCCACACCCUCCACACAGCCCCUUCAACCCACCAUCCACCUUCCUAUGCAACACCCCGCUCCCACCUCCCUCCGCGCCACUCCUCUUCCUCCUCCUCCUUCCCCCACACAACCCCAAGCCCCUCACUGCGCUCCGCCGCCUCUGACUCUGAAACAGGCAGUGUGAGGAUUCAUCGCUGGCCAGCGAGAAGAGACGGGUUGGAUUCGGGCUCGAGUGCGCGAUCGGGAUCCAGUGCGUCGUUGGCCGCGAGUGCGCGCUCGGUUAUUCGGUUGCGUGCUGGGGCUGGGGGUGGUGGUGGUGCGGGCGAUGGGUUCGGGAUGCCGUAUCGGUAUUAUUUCGAGGCUGGGUGA